UCUCUAGAAUAGAUGAAUGUGGUAAGUUAUGAUACAAUAGGAUCAUAGUUCAUAGAUAUACACACAAAAAGUAACAAAGAUGAACAAUGGUGCUAAGAGGGCUACACUGCCAUCAAAUCUCAACAUUAAGGAUAAGCAUACACCCCAAUCCAUUGCCAACAAAGCACCAUUAUCCCCCAAGCAACCAUUUUUCAUUGGUGUUGCUGGUGGAACUGCAUCUGGAAAAACAACUGUAUGUAACAUGAUAAAUACACAACUUCAUGAUCGACGUGUUGUCCUCAUUACACAAGACUCAUUUUAUUACUCAUUAAGUGACGAGACACUACAAAAAGUUAAUGAGUACAAUUUUGAUCAUCCUGAUGCCUUUGAUACAAAACUUAUGCUUUCAACAAUGGAGAAAUUAAAAUGUGGACAACCUGUCGCUGUACCAAAUUAUGAUUUGAACACCCAUAAGAGAAUUGAACCUGGACGCCAGGUUCACCCUGAAGAUGUCAUAAUAUUAGAAGGGAUUUUAGUUCUUCAUGAUUCUGGUGUUCGUAAUCUUUUGAACAUGAAGAUCUUUGUUGAUGAAGAUUCUGAUGUACGCCUUGCACGAAGGAUGCAACGUCUUGCUAUUGAACGUAGGAGGAAUAUUGCGGAUGUUCUAGACCAAUAUUGCAGAUUCGUAAAGCCUAGUUUUGAAGAAUUUGUAUUGCCAACUAAAAAGUAUGCUGAUAUUAUCAUUCCGACUGGAGGAGACAAUCAUGUUGCCAUUGACUUAAUUGUACAAAACAUACGUAUGAAGCUUGGCCAACAUGAUUUAUGUAAAAUAUAUCCUAAUGUUUUUGUUAUAUUUUCCACAUUUCAGAUAAAAGGAAUGCAUACUCUCAUUCGUGAUGCUAAGGCAACAAAGCAUGACUUUGUCUUUUACUCAGAUCGUCUUAUUAGACUGGUUGUUGAGCAUGGACUAGGCCACCUUCCUUUCACUGAAAAACAAGUAAUAACACCAACAGGAUCUGUAUACUCUGGUGUAGUUUUCUGUAGUAGAUUGUGUGGAGUUUCCGUCAUUAGAAGUGGAGAAAGCAUGGAAAAUGCAUUGAGAGCAUGUUGUAAGGGAAUCAAAAUUGGCAAAAUCCUUAUCCAUGGACAUGGUACUAAUGGUCGACAGUUAAUCUAUGAGAAGCUACCAUCAGACAUUGCAAGUCGUCAUGUGUUGCUACUCGAUCCAGUUUUGGCCACAGGUAAUUCUGCUGUCAAAGCUAUCUCUUUCCUUCUCAAUAAAGGUGUACCAGAAUCAAACAUUAUAUUUUUGAAUUUAGUAGCAGCACCACAAGGAGUAAAUGCAGUUUGUGAGAGAUUUCCAAUGUUGAAACUCGUGACAUCAGAGAUUGAUGCAUCACUGAAUGAGAAUUCGCAUGUGAUCCCUGGCUUAGGACAGUUUGAUGAUCGUUACUUUGCCACUGAUGAUUAGCACAAUAUGUAAAUCCAUAGCUGAGUUAAAUCUUAGCCAACCUUGCUUCUAGUUUCCAACAAGCAAUUUUAGUUUAUGAUAAAGUUAUCACUUAUCAAACUUGAUGAUAGAAUCUAUAUGAACAUCUAGAACUAUACUUGCUGGAAAGUUGGGUUCCUUUAUUUCUGGUCACUGAUCUUCAAUGCGAUGAUUUUCUUUUGUUGAGGAGCCCAUUCGCCCUUUAGAAAGAAGGAACAUUGUACCUAUCAAAACACUCCAACGUUCAAGUUUACAAGAUUACAGAAUAUCAGUGUAUGAAGGAAAAAUGUUGUGAGAGGAUUAGAACAACCACAAACAUGUGGGUUUUACCCCCUUUUUUAUGGGUGUAUGAGCCUUAACUCUAGCCCGUAAUUAUCAAGACAUA